CGUGAGAACGCGACUGAGGCGGCCGAUGACUGACAGCAGAGGCGGAGCCCCCCGACUGUCCCUGAUUAGCAGGCCGCGAGAAAGAAGCGGCGCGGGAGACUGUGAUUGGCAAGAGGGGGCGUGGUUUAGAAGCAUGGCGGUGCCGGUGGCUGCAGGCGCGGUGGCGCUGGGCCGGGGGUCGCACGCGGCCCUUUCGCCUUGGCAGCUGAGGGUCUCGCGCGCCGGGCGCAGGCAGCUGCUGAGCCCCGCCCGCCUCGGGGGGCGCGCCCCGGCUGCCGUGGCCGCCGCUUCUAACCAGCCGAGCGCGGGAGGAGAGGAGCGCUACUGCCUGGAUUUGCUGCGAAAACGGGACUAUGAAGGCUUCCUCUGUGCACUGCUGUUGCCUGCAGAAUCGCGUGCCUCUGCAUCUGCCCUAAAAGCCUUCAAUGUAGAACUGGCUCAGAUUAAAGACUCUGUAACCGAGAAGACUAUUGGUCUGAUGCGGAUAGAGUUUUGGAGGAAAGCUGUGGAGGACAUUUACCAGGAUAAUCCACCACAACAACCAGUGGCAAUAGAGUUGUGGAAGGCUGUUAAGAGGCAAAACCUGACCAAAAGAUGGCUUAUGAAUAUUAUUGAUCAAAGGGAAAAGAAUCUGGAUGACCGAGCAUAUCGGGACAUCAGUGAACUUGAGGCAUAUGCUGAAAAUACACAGAGUGCACUCCUUUAUCUCACACUAGAAACACUUGGUGUGAGGGACAUCCAUGCAGACCAUGCUGCCAGUCACAUAGGGAAGGCACAAGGCAUUGUAACCUGUUUAAGGGCUACUCCAUACCAUGCUAGCAGAAGGAAGGUGUUUCUCCCCAUGGAUAUUUGCAUGCUGCAUGGUGCUUCACAAGAGGAUUUCAUAAGAAAAAAUCAGGAGCAGAAAAUGAAAGAUAUUGUAUAUGACAUUGCGAGUCAAGCCCACAUUCAUCUGGAACAUGCUAGGUCCUUCAAGAAGAAUGUCCCUGCCAAAGCAUUUCCUGCCUUCCUCUGUACAGUUGCAAUUGAAGAUUAUUUACAUAAAAUACAAAAAGCUGACUUCAAUGUAUUUCAUCCAAGUUUGCAUCAGAAGAGCACUUUACUACCUUUGCAUUUGUACAUUAGAUCAUGGAAAAAAGCUUAUUGAAGAAUAUUUAAUAUGAGAUUGAGUCUUUCUGACUGAGAAUUGUUACAUCUUUUUCAUUUAUGUGGCAAUGUUCUAUGGAUGAUAUAUCCAGGCUCUUCUUUUCACACUUAGUCCAACCAUAGACUUCACAACCACCUUGUGAAACACUUUAGGCAAAUUAGUAACUAGCGCACUGUCACAGAGUAAAUUUCAUGACUGAGUCAGUAUUUGAACGCAGGUUUUAUCAUGUAAACUCUAAUGCUAUCCAUUAAUGGAGCAGCCUUCAACAAUAUGUCACCUUCUAGUAGUGUUGGAGGCUCCUUAGAUCAUUUGCCAUUGUUUUAUACCAAGCAUCUUUAUUAUGAAACAUUUAUUUUCUGCCUUUUCUUUAAAAACCAAAAUGACCCUCUCCCCCCAAUUUGUAUUCAUUAAAUUUAUACCCGGGAUCAUGGAACUUGGUUCUUUAGCAACCUUCCAUCCAGGGGCUAAUGAAACGAGGCCUACUUAGGUUCAGCCAGGUAGUUGCAUCAAUAACAGAUUAAAGCAUAUAAAUAGAACAAAAUUAAUUGAAAAAGAGCAACAUUGGAUAAAAUGAACUUCCAGAAUUUUCUAGUCAGCAUUGCCAUUGUGGAGAGUUCUGGGAGUUGAAAGUUCACACAUUUGGCAAGUGUCAAGAUUGGGGAGAGUGGCCUAUAGGAUGCUGAUUCUUCAUGUCUCAAAGAAUAUUUGUAUGCAUUAAUUUAUUAAAGUAUUUCUAUACUGCUUUUCAUUUUGUCAAAAAUAGCAAAGUACUUUACAAAAACAAUAACACGCAAAAAAGAGCCCCACAUGCAACAAACAAAAUAAUAUGUCAAAAGCAUGAAACAAUAAAAAACCUGAAUGGUAUACAGAUUAUAUUUUUUCACUUAUAUGUGCUGGUAAUAAGUCCCCCCACCUUGUUAUUUUCUAGCAACAUUAUUUCAUCUAAUUCCUUGAGCAGAUACCUGGUUAAUGUGAAUUGUAUUUGUACCCUGUGGAUAAUUAACAGUAUAGGUCAUAUGCUCAAAUGUGCUUCUUUCACAAGACACUGACAAUUUUUUUUUCCGAGUCAGUUUUUUUUUACUCC